CCUCCAUCUCCCACCACCCCUCCCCUUCCAAGAGAGAGAGAGAGAGAGAGAGAGAGAGAGGGGGGGGGGGGGGUGAGGAGAGAGGCAGCGACGUGCGUUGGCUCUAACAGCAGCCGGAGCCCUUCUGCUCGCCUGUUACCUUUGUGUUGGCCAUGCCCAGCCGCGGAUCUCCAGCCCGGAGAGCGGCUGCCCAGCAGCUCUGAAGACGCCUGGUUGUCUUUUUUUGGACCACAAAGCAACCCCCCCCCCCCCCCCCCCCAGUUGCAAGCAGCCUCCUUCUCCUGGAGAGUGGCCGGGAGGCAUGAGCCAGGCUCCCGGCUCAGGCAGCGCUCUGGAUGCCGCCGCUUGCCCGGGCGCUGCCGCCGGUGCGGGUUCCCCUGGCUGCCUGCUCGCUCCUGCCCGCGAUGUUGCCGAGGUGGUGCGCCAGCGCUGGGACCGGGCUGCAGGUGACUCUACCGAGCCCGGGGACGGUCGCCAGUUGCCUGUGGCUCUGCACCUUGCUGCUGCUUCAGCCAGUCUCGUCUUGGAACGGACCAGGUAUGAUUUACCAGCUCUUGGACCUGUCUACUCCUCUACCUCCCCUGGCACAGCGGCCAUUCCGAUCUUCUCAGUUCUCUGAGGUCUGGUCUUGGACGACCCGUCCUGCCCAGCAGCCAACGUUGCCCUCAUACCCGCUGUCCUCCUCGAAGGCCGAGACGCUGGUGACUGAGUCCGUUGAAGACGUCACAAUCAGGACGUCUCUUCUCACCUUCCACACUGACCCAACUCCGGAGACGGAACCAGACCUCGACACCUCAUCGAGUGUGAUGGGCUCUCCCGACCUUUCUCCUGAGACUGAGAUGUAUGAAGCUUGGCAACUCUCCGAGCGGUUAACGCCCACUCCCGCGGAAGGGGAGGUGGUGCUCAGCGAUCCAGCAGAAGUUUCCCCAGCUACUCCGUCGAAGAGCUCGGAGGUCACCAAGGCAACCCCAGUGACCCCAUUGCCUCCUGGUUCUGCUGUCCGGACCGUGACUGACCUCGAGGCAGCCCAGCGGCCUUCACCAGUCCUCCCUCUGUCUCCAUUGGCAACCGUUUUCAACAGGACACCAGCCGCUGAUGUCACCUCUGGCCUACUGCUGGCGAAGAUGCACCCGGCCAAAGGGAGCGUUGGCACCUCCGUGUCUCCACCUCGAGCGUCCACUGGCACUCUACGCCCCCUCUGGAUGGGCACCGAGCCCUCUGUGGGCGUCGGAGGACGCACACAUCCUCACGUGGAGACAGGGCGAACAUCGACGGCGCCCUCAUUGGUGCUCACAGCGGCCUUAACUUCGCUCACUACGGCAGCCCUGGCCACCAGGGACCUACGAGCAAUGACACAGGUGACAGCCGCUGGCACAGCUGUUGGCUCCUCGAUGUCUCCUGGCCUGAACUGCAGGUUGUCGGACCAACUCUGGGUCAGAACAGUGGUCACUUUGUCUUCAAGAAGAAUUCAAGUGGACGCGGUGUUUAAACGGAACAUGACCCGGGGACUCACCGAGGCAUUGAACCGAGCUUUCUUCAGUAAUGGUAUUCGUGCUGAGAUCGAAAGUCUCGACAGAAGGAACAAGGUCUUUAUUGGGUUCUAUGCUGUGAGUGGCAAUGAGGUCUACAUUCCAACCACGGUGACGGAAGUGAUUACAGACUAUGGUGUGGAAAACCUCAGCCGGGACCUACAGAACUAUGUCCCCGAUAUCCAGUCGGUCCUCAUUGCUGCCUCUCCGUGGGCCCCGCUCCCAGCUCCCUGGUUCCAGCUGAAGACGGUGCUGCAGUUUGUGAGUACCACCGACAUCAUCAGAUUCUGCAGCUUUGUCCAGACCAUGGAGGCGAGACUACAGAGAGCGUUCGAGGAGGCGGAGUCUCGGGCUGCCACCUUUAAAAGUAACUUAAGAGUCCAGAUUUUGAACACGUCGGUGUUGGACAGUUCCACGGCCGUCACCAUGGUGUACAUGGUGAGGAACCAGAGCACGCUGCUCAAUGGUACCACAGCCAGCAGCCUUUUACAUCAGCUGACACCUGCUGAGCUAGGAUACUACCUCGCCUACCCCCCUCUGACACUCGCUGAGCCUCUGGAGUAUGAUAAUCUGGACACCUCUCCAGCGACUGAGAAGUAUUGGGUUGUUACAGUUAUCCUGGGGGUCGACAACACGUCGCUGGGUGAGAGGUACCAGCGCUUUGCCAGCCUGAUGGAGCAACGGUUGGCCAACCUGUUUGUGGCAGCGCAGCAGCAGGGCCGAAGGUUCAGACGCGCCUCGACCAUCGGCGCCUACACCGUGCAGCUGGUCAGGAUUAAUCGUCUCUCUGGCCCGAAGAAUCCGGCUGAGUUGACCUACUAUGCCUUGGAGGAUGGCAGAGCCUUGCUAGGAACAACAGCAGCCAAGAUCCUGAACACAGUCGACCCGCAGUCCAUGGCCUUGGAGCUUGGCUAUCGCGUUCAACUCCAAGCGGAGCCUGUAGUGAAGAACCCUCCGAACAACUUGUGGAUCAUCGCCGCGGUUCUGGCUCCCGUCGGCGUGGUAACCAUCAUCAUCAUCAUUAUCUCCACCGUGCUGUGUCGGAAGAACAAGAGCGAGUUAAAAUCCGAGACCAUGUCGAACCUGCACCAGAGAGCCAAGCCAGUCCAAGGCUUCGACUACGCCAAGCAACACAUCGGCCAAUAUGGCGGGGAGGAUGAAGUGACCAUCACUCAGGAGACGGUGAUCUUACCAAUCCCCGGCCGGGAUGCCCUCGCUCCUCAAGAAAGGGAAACCAUUCCGGAGGCAGAUAACAGCAAAGCAGCUAAAACCAUUGAUAUUCGAAGAAGCAGGUUGCAGAGCGAGCGGGAUUCGAUCAUCAGUGAACAAUCAGCAAAUCUCGACUCGACCACCAACACUGCAGAGAAAGCAGCCGCGCAGCAGAAAACUGCGAAAGAGGGCUUGAAGAGGCAGAAUGUCCCCGUCAGUGAUGAGGAAGAGAGCGCCACGCUGUUUGAACAUGUCUCCAAGACGUCGGACGAUCCGUUUGACACACCCUCGGGGUCUGUUCAGCUCCUGUCCAUCAAGCCGCUGACCGCACACCCUGGUUACGCGCAGUCCGGCUCAGAGAAGAGCCCAGAGAUGGCGGCUGUCAAUGGGGAGGUGAACAAAGCCCUGAAGCAGAAAUCUGACAUUGAGCACUAUCGAAACAAGCUCCGCCUGAAGGCGAAGAGGAAAGGCUAUUAUGACUUCCCCGAGGUGGAGAACAGUCAGCCAGGCUUGGAGCAGCAGAGGAAGAUCUACGAGAAGGGGCAGAUGGAGGUCAGUCGCGCGUUGGAGACCGAGGUCCGGGGAUCGUCCACGUUCUCCGAAGCCAGAAACAGACAGUCCCAGGUGAAGAACACUGUGUACAGGAGUAGGCAGUCUCUAAACAGCCCAAGUCCGGGAGGGACCGAGAUGGAUUUGCUGGUCACCAGGGAGAAGUCACGUCGCGGAAUUCGCAACAACGGAUAUGACACGGAGCCGGAGCUGAUAGAGGAGACAAACGUGGACCGGAUAACGGAACCCCGGAAUGCUGCCCGGGUGAGGCAGGCCAAAGGUCACUCAGAAUCCUCGACCCUCAGCUCCCAGCCGUCCAUCGACGAGGUCAGGCAGCACAUGCACCAACUGCUGGAAGAAGCGUUCAGUCUGGCUUCGACGGGGAGGGUCUCCCACAGCCGACACCAGGUCCACUGCGCUGUGGGUCAAGCCCUCCCCUACACCGAACUGGUCACCAGCGCCCCAGGAACCAUGAGCAGAUCCAGGGCUGGACUCCAGUGGGUUCCCACACACGGCCAGGACAUGUGCCAAUACAGUCUGCCCCGACCCGCAUACAGAUAUUCCCAACUCCCCGAAAUGUCUGUUGGUUCUCCACCUCCUGUCCCUCCCAGGAAUGCUCCGAUACCAGUGACAUCCCUCAGACGUUCCACUUCGGAAAACAGCAACACCACCAGAGCAGCUGAGGCUCACAGCUCCGAACAGUCGCAACACGAGGCUCCCUAUGUGCCGGUCUCCAAGUCCGCUGCCCCCAUGGAACAGCCAACCACAAAUUACUCAGGUAGCUCAGUGCCCGCAGUCUAUGCCAUACCGGCGAAUAGAUCUGGAUUCCCGAAUUACUUCAUCCCGGCCCCUGCUCCUUAUCGCAACCAUGGCUGGGUCCCCUACAUAGGUGACGGAGAGGGACCGAACCCCUGGGCAGAGAACGUGACUCUGCCGGGUUAUGUAGAGGCCUACUCACAUGCCCGCUAUCCACACAGCUCCCCGCCUCAUCAGUACAGCCAGACCCAGCCCGCCCAUCCCCCUCGGCGCAUCGAACCGGCUCGGACCCCGUCCACCGCUGUCUCGCAGCAGAGCCUGGCUGAAAACGAACCGUCCGAGGCUCCCUACAACAACAUCUCCACCACCGCCUUGGUGAAGGCCAUCAGAGAGGAGGUCGCGAAACUGGCCAAGAAACAGACGUGCAUGUUCGAAUUCCAGGUGUAGCACCGCUCUCUGGGAAGUCUCCCACCAAGAGCACCAACAGAAACCCUUCCCGCAGUGAUUGAGAAUAUCCCACGGGCUUCUAACCGGCUCGUCUUGGCCACUGUUAGAAUGGAGAAUGAAAUAACUCUGCUGCGGAUUUGGGCCAUUGUUUUAACUGAGAGGAGACAAUCCAUCAGAUACUUCGGUUGCCCUGGUUCAUCGGGAAUCUCUUCCUCAUUGUUUCAUCCCGGUACUGUCAUUUAGCAUAGUGUUUGAUCUAAGACCACUGUGUUCCUGGAACCUAUAUUUGACUCCAGUGAAUGUCCAAGAAGUGGUCUUUACAUUAAAAUGGAAAACAAAUGUGCAAAAAAUCAAAACUUGACCAGGUGAAAAAGGAGGUGAAAGUUAAGCUGUCACUCAACCCAACCUUUGAACAAGCCCAGGGUGGGGGAGAUGAAGCUGUUGCAGGAUCCACAUGAUGUACAGUGAUCCGACAUUCUCUGCUGACUUGAUAACCUGGCAUUCUGUGACUCCAGUCUUGGAUGAGAACAAGCUCCACCUGACGCCACAAGCCAGCAAGACAAUUCCUCCCUGUUAAUGGAAGCCAGUAGGUGGACCCUUGGCUGAAACGUCACUCAUUUUAUCUGUGAACCACAGUCAACUUGCUAAUGUGGGCUGCCUGGAGUCCACCUGUCACACAGAGCUGGUGGGUGGUGUAAAGCUGGAGCUCUAGGGUCCGUUUAUAAAGUGACUGGAGGGUGCGCUGAACAAUUGCCUCCAACAGUAGACACAAUGCUCGUCACGACUUGUAAAUCCUGUCCCCUCCCACCAACAAAGGUCUUGAAAUCACACCAAGGUUUAACCCUUCUGGUCAAACAAUGGCUCAGACGUGAAGUGUUUCAUUAACGGUAUCCCGUGCCGCUGUUUAAGGUAGAGACCAAUCUCAAAGGUUAGGGGAGAAGUUUGAACCUAAACCUUUGGGUGACUAUUAAGGACCUAAUAUUGGAAAAAGGACAUAAUAUACAGAAUGAGCAAUCAAGUGGCAGAAAGGCUUGAUGAGCUGAAUUGUCUUCUGCUGAUGGUUGAGGUGACUUCACCUCUCAGGCUAAACAUUUAGCAUUUGACAUGUAUUGAGCUCAAAGACCGAAUUGCACCGUUAAAGUUCUCACCAGAGAUAAGUUGUACAGAAUGUGUUUUAUAAUGUAAGACUUGUGAACCCCACCAUUCUUUGAUGCUGGCGAGGAACAAUACUUGUGAGGUGAUCAGAAGAGUUCGAUUGUUAUGACCAUUACAGUUGUAUUCCUGCAGUCAAUAUGAUUAGACAGAGUUCGGUUGUAUUGAUCAGUACAUCUUGAUUGUAUCGUGCAACGCAGUUUGCUUGAAGUAAUCACUUUACCAUGAUUUCUCCUGUGUUAGCAAGGAGUUGCCCCGUUGCAGUAUUAAUCUCCACUGCUUCACAUUUUAUUGACAAAUGAUUAAGCAGAAAGUGCUGCUAAUUGCCCAUGGUGGUGUAAUUGUAAAGGAUGGUGUUACAGUUGAUUUAUGAGAAAGUUGGCAUGUACCAAUAGUCCGUGCUUCUGCACAAUAAGCCACAAUAGAUGGAGAAAUGCUCUGAAGUCUUUGGCUCUGACCAAUACUCAGAGCUGCAUGUUGGGAUAGGAGAGAUAUUAAUCACCCAUUUUCAUUGGAGUUUGAGCAUGGGACCGUACAUGGUUUAUUGAAUCACAGAAAUUUACGGUAUAUAUGGGAGUCAUUUGGUCCAGUACGUUCCUGCGAACUAGAAGUGGAGCCAUUUCCAUUACCUGACAGGUCAAACCUCGUCAGAUGCUCAUCCAGGUACUAAUGUGAUGAGGGUUUCUGCCCCUUGCACUGCCUCAAGCGGUGAGUUCUGGACCUUAACCUCUGCUUAAUUACGACUACUGCCUGUAGAAGGCAGUCAUUGUUUAACUGGUCAAGUCAAUCACAACAAGAAGAGAAUUUUACCAGAAGUAAACUACUGAUGUGAGUGGAGCCAAAUUUCAGGAGCUGAGUACUAUGCACAGUGAUUACUGCCUUCAAUUCAAAUCUUACGGAGCACAACUUUCCAGACUAAUGAUUUCAAUUGCUGACUUUAUCCGGAUCAACCUUGUUGCUAUUUGAAUCUCGACUGUCUAUGAAGAAUACCAGAGAAACUACGAUUUGUUAUAAAGGCUUCAGUCUUGAGGAGACCUCAAGAGUUAAAUACCGAACAAUGAUAGAAAUCUAUCAUCGACACAAUUUUGCCUUCAAACUAAAGCUUAACAAUCUAAUGUGGGGCUGGUUAUGGCUCCCAGGAAAUUGUGUUCAAGACGGAGAUCUCCAGUUGAUUCCCCUUUCAGUUCACACCUCCAAGAUGCACACCAUUCUGACUUGGCAAUAUCUCAGCGUUCCCUGCCGGUUCGAAAUCCUGGUAAUCCCCACCCGCAAGUACUGCAGGAGCACCUACACCAGAAGGACUGCAGCCGUUCAAGAAGGCAGUGGGGAUGAUUUAUACUGGUCUCGCUGAGUCACGAAUUGUUUGCGGUCUGUCUCCAGCUGCUGAUACAGCAAUUGCCCACAUUUGUAUCCUUGCAACACUGUGUCUGUACUCACUGAAAAAAGGCAAAUAGAGUCUCGCACACCCAAGACAACCUUAAGCUGCCAAUUUUCCAGACUGAUUGCCCCUGGAUUGUAUUGAAUGGAUUACUGUGCCCAUUAUCAUGACUUUAUAGAACAUAGAACAGUACAGCACAGGAACAGGCCCUUCAGCCCACCAUGUUGAACUGAACUAAUUAAACUAAUGAUGCCUAAUUAAACUAAUCCCUUCUGCCUACACAAUAUCCAAAUCUCUCCAUUCACACAUCCAUUGAAGAGCUUAAACUCCUCUAUCGUAUCUGCCUCCACCACCACCCCUGGCAGCACAUUCCAGGCACCCACCACUCUCUGUGUAAAAAAGACUUGCCCCGCACAUCUCCUUUGAAUUUGCCCCCCUCACCUUAAAUGCACGCCAUCUAGUAUUAGACAUUUCAACCCUGGGAAAAAGAUACCAGCUGUCUAUCUCUGCCUCUCAUAAUUCUGUAAACUUCUAUCAGGUCUCCACUCAGCCUCUGACGCUCCAGAGAAAACAACCCAAGUUUGUCCAACCUCUCCUUAUAGCUCAUGCCCUGGCAGUAUCCUGGUGAACCUCUUCUGCACCCUCUGCAAAGCCUCCACAUCCUUCCUGUAAUGGGACAACCAGAAUUGAAUGCAGUACUCUAGAUGCAGCCGAACCAGAGUUUUAUUUAGCUGCAACAUAACUUCCUGACUCUUGAACUCAAUGCCUCGACUAAUAAAGGCAAGACUCUAUUGGAAGUAAAGCAUGGAUAAGGCUUGAAGUGAGUUUUAUACCCAGUCCUGUCAGUUGUUUGACAUUGUUCCCCCAUCCUAUGGAAGCUGCUCUGUGGGACCAGAUGGAGCACGGAAUCCUUGGGCAAGUACCAGAUCCACAAACGGUCCCACACUGUGGGGCGUUUGGAGCACAAGGUCUUAAUAUUAAAGAGAAGUUAAAGCUGGGGGAGUUUCACACAGUGCUGAGUGUUGGUGUGCACAGUGUGUAUCAGAGGCAAUCCACAUUGAUAUCACCAAAUCUUUCGGGAAACUUAAGUGAAGAACCACAUUCAGUAGACGUUUGACAGACUAUGCCUUGAGCUCCUCAGUGUGGGUGUAGACUCAAAACUGGUCCUAAAAAGGAUCAUUUUUGAUUAUAGAACACCAGACAGGCCAUUCGGCCCACAAUGUUGUGCCGAUCCUGAUGCCAAUUUAUACUAAAUGUCCUCCUCCUGUGUAUCAUCCACAUCCCUCCAUUCCCUUCAUAUUCAUGUGUCUAUUUAAAAGCCUCUUAAACGCCACCAAACUGCCUGCUUCCACGACUACCCCUGGUAACCCGUUCCAGACACCUACCACUCUCUGCGUAAAAAUACUUGCCCCUCACGUCACCUUUAAACUUCCCCCUUCUAACCUUAAAACCAUGUCCACUGGUGUUUGACAUUUCUACCCUGGGGAACAGAUUCUGACUGUCUAUCUCUGCCUCUCAUAAUUUUAUAAACUCCUAUCAGGACUCCCCUCAGCCUCCACUGCUCCAGAGAAAACAACCCAAGUUUGUCCCACCUCUCCUUAUAGCUCAUGCCCUCUUAUCCAGGCAGCAUCCUAGUGAACCUCUUCUGCACACUCUCCACAGUCUCCACGUCCUUCCUGUAAUGGGGCGACCAGAACUGCACACAAGUGCGGUCUGACUAAAGUUUUAUACAGCUGCAGCAUGACUUCCUUAUUCUUAUACUCAAUGCCCCUUAAACCUAAUCCAAGUUCGCCAUGAGCCUAAUCCAACUGCAGAAUCAGAGGUGUUGACCUGAACAAGUCAUCUGUCGAAGCUCAUUAGGAUUUGGUGUUUUGUCCCAUGGAUUUUGGGUUUUGAUGUGGCUGUAAGCAACUCCCUCUAGGGAGAAUGUAACCACAGUUGACUCUCACGGGACGUAAAGCCUGCCAUUGUUUAUUCCACAUCCAUUUCCCAGCUGGUCCAUCCUGCUGUAACUCUGAAGCAGUCUGCUUUCUCCAUUGGAAACUGGCUCUCGUGAAAGGUGGAGGGUGAGAUGGGGGAAAGUUUAAAGGAGAUUUACAAUGCAAGUUUCUGACACAGAGGGUGGUGGUGCCUGGAACGUGCUGCCAGGGGGAAGCAGAUACAAUAGUGUUUAAGAGGCAUCCCAAUUAACCAAUUUAAUUUACAUGCAGGGAAUGGAAGGAUAUGACCAUGUGCAGGUAGAUGGGACUAAUUUAACUUGGCAUCAUGAUCAGUAAAGACAUUGUUGGCCGAAGGGCCUGUUCUUGUCCUGUACUGUUCAAUGUUCCAUGUUCUAAAAGAGUAUGAUGCUGAGAUAGCUUCCUAUUGAAGAACUUUUAUUUUAAAAGGAGCAGUUCCAAAGGAUUAUUAAUGCAGUAAUUUUAAAUCCACAACAUUCAGGAAACUGGUCUGAUCAGCAGUGAAAUUAUCCCCGACAUUUUGAACAGGCAACUUUACAGCUAACUCAAGUCUUUAUAUGGUUAAGCUCUCUUAAGUUCUGUUGCGGGUUUAAAGACCCCCACAGGUCUAUGUCCAAAACCUUGUCCAGCACCAAGCGUCUCCCAUACGGUAUUUCAGAUCAGGUGUUAAACCUUAACCCCCUCCCAGUUAAACAUACAAUAUCCCAAGACAUUAGUUCAAAAGAGUAAGAGAACUCACCCCAGGCACUUAGGCAUAGUUUAUCAUCCAGUCAGCUUCCUAAUGGAGCAAGUUUUCUGGUCAUUGUCCCACUACAGUUGGUAGGAUCUUGCUGUGUACAAGCCAUUACAUCCACUGCAUUGCAAACCUCCAUCACUGUCUUUGGGACAUUCUGAAGUUGUGACAGAUACUGGACAAAUGUGUCUUCUUUCAUGUUAUUAUUAAUAGAAUGUGAUUUAAAGAUUGCAUUGGGAUUUUGGUGCAAAGUUAAAUGUUAAAGGUUACGGCAGACAUUUAUCCUGAAUUGUUCUGUUAAUUUAUAACCACAAAUGCAACAGGUACUGAUUUACCAGCACUUAAAAUGGUGGGAUUGCUAUUCCCGCCUGCCACCAUCACUGACGUCAUAGAGUUUCUUGAUCUCCCACUUUUUCCCCAAUCUCCAACCUCAGAGUUAUACAGUAUGGAAACAGGCCCUUCAGCCCAACACAUCCAUGCCGACCAAGUUGUCAACCUGAUCCAGUCCCAUUUUUUUAAAAUUUAAAUUUAAAAAAAAAAUUUAUUUACAGCGUGGUAACAGGCCCUUCCGGCCCAACAAGUCUGCGCUGCCCAUUUUAAACCCAAUUAACCUACCCGUACGUCUUUGGAAUGUGGGAGGAAACCGGAGCACCUGGAGGAAACCCACGCAGACACGGGAAAACGUACAAACUCCUUACAGGCAGCGACGGGAAUCGAACCCCGAUCGCUGGCGCUGUAAUAGCAUCGCGCUAACCGCUACGCUACCGUGCCGCCCCUUUUGCCUGCAUUUGGCCCAUAUCCCUCUAAACCUUUCCUACCCGUGUACCUAUCCAAAUGUCUUUUAAACGUUGUAAUUGCACCCGCCUCUACCACUUCCCCUGGCAGCUCACUUCAUAUACUAUGUGAAAAACUUGCCCCUCAGAUCCCUUUUAAAUCUUUCCCCUCUCACCUUAAACCUAUGCCCUCUAGUUUAAGACUCCCCCACCCUGGGGAAAAGACUGUGACCACUGAAAAGUACUUCUGAAAAUAAAACUUGGAAGGAGACAGCAAGAAAAGGACAAUUGGUCCUAUGAAAUGAAUGGUGGUUUGAUAGGACCAAUAAAACUACCAUUAAGCAAUUCACUUAAGAGCUUUGGAAUGAGUUUGCUCAAAUCACUUCCUAUUUUAUGUUAUAAAGACAAGAGGAUGCUAGAAAUGCUCAGCAGGUCUAACAGCAACUGGAGAGAGAGUCAAUGUUUGUUGCUGGACCUCUGGGUCUGAGGAAAAGUGAAACAUUUCUCUCUGCUGAGUGACCACUGACUGUCUCCAGUAUUCUCUGUUUAGUGUGAGAUUUCCAGCAAAGGUAUAAUCUUGCUUUUUCAUUUUAAUAUUCUGCUCUGCCGCCAAGAUUUAUAGGCAAUGGAAUUUCUCACAAGCCAGUCACGAGGUCGUCAUAUCAUAAGCAGUCCUUUCCAGUCCUUUGAUUUUAUAAUGUGGAAACUGAUGUCGGCAAUUUAAUAAUAUGUUUCUGAAGGUAGAGAACGCAAUGUCAGAUGCAUCUUUCGCAGCACCUUCCAGAGCCAGUUUGUUUUUGAGGCAGAAAUCAAGCAACUUAUUUUCUUUAAAUACCUCCUCUGUAUAUUUAAGACUGCCAUCAGUCUCAAAAUGGAGAAAUGAUUGUUGACAUCAGUCUGAACCAACAAAUGCCUGGGAUUUUGGAAUCUGUUUAUGGCACCGCAACUUAGACUUUCUGGGACCAGGACGUAACACACAGAGGGGAACUAUAUAACUCUUCUGCUUUAUAUUCAACAUCGGAGGAAUAACUACGGACAUGUUUUAAACUCCACGAUAAUUCUGUGCUGUUGUUUGUCAGUUUUCUCAUUCUCCAAGUGAACCAUUAAUGAUGAAAAUAUAAUUCUGUUGUUUCAAAACAA